ACGGAACGUCUUUAUCAAAAGUAAUAAUCUCAUACAAGUUGAUUGUAAAUGUUUGCCGUUCGUAUUUUGAUUAUAUUCAUAUAAGAGACAGUAGGUUGUUAUAAUUCAUCUUCGGGAAUGGUAGGGUCUUAUAAACAUGUUUCAUCACUCAAAGGGAAAAAUAUUGGUUCAAAAAAGACAAGGCAUAAGCAUGUGAACUUCAUCCAAUAGCUCCACCUGAUAUGUUUCCCAAACUAUUACUCUCGAGUGAAUUGCGGUCACAAACUCUUUUAGUUUCCCUAUAUAUACAUGGUGCACUUUGAGAACCUUGCUUACAAACUAACUAAUCCAUUUCUAUAGAAGACCAAGAUAGUAAAAUAUUCAUCACUUAAGAUUUUUUCUUCCUUUCAAGAUCUCUUUUUUAAUUACUUUCAUUGAUCCUCAAAAAUGGGUAUUCAGUUGAUCGGACUGUCUCACGCCAAGCAAAAGCUUCAAAGAAGCUUAUCAGCCAGAAUUGCGAGCCUCUUGGCGAUGUCGGGUACUAAUAAUGUCCCAAAGGGUCAUGUGGUCGUCUACGUGGGUGAGACUUACCAAAUGAAGAGAUUUGUGAUACCUAUAUCAUAUUUAAACCAUCCAUUGUUCCAAAGUUUGCUGAAUCUCGCGGAAGAAGAAUUUGGGUUCGAUCAUCCCAUGGGAGGUCUUACAAUCCCUUGCACUGAAGACUACUUCACUGCUCUAGCUUCUAUUCUAAAUUGUUCAUGAUAAGGGAGCUCACUGAUCAUCCCAAGAUUCAUUAAGAAUAUUUAUACAAAUAUAUUGUGUUUUUUUUCUUUGAAUGUACCCAACUCAGUGUAGAGAAUAACUUGAGAUUGAGAUACUGUGAGUCUCUUUCAGUUUUGGAUCUAAGAAGAUAUUGCCAGUUCUUUUAACUGUUCCACUUUAUAAAGUAUUCAUUUUCUCAGAAAAUUAAUUUAAGUUUCUUUUCUAUGUCGA